ACGCACGUGCGUUUUGUUAUUGUUGUGGAAGGUGUGGAGUUUUUCUGCUGGCACUUCAGCAUCAAUUUAUAUGAUAACAAACCCACUCCUGACUCUACAUCACACACACACACACACACACACACACACACACACACACACACACACACACACACACAAGUACUCCCAAUUUCAGUAUCAACAAGCAGUUCUGAAGAAUCAAAAUAAAUUCUUUCCAGAAAGGACUGUCAGAUAUCCAGGGAAUGUUGGAAAGUAGAACAUUUUAACCCGUGUAUGUUAUUCUCACUGCUUCAGCACAUUGUUGAUUCCCCCUCAUGUUCCUGUUCUUUGAAGCUCCAUCUUCUCUCUGACUCUCUGACUCGCCAUGGACAAGGAAGAGCGUUGGAAGGUGAAGUUCAGGAACGUCGCACAGACGUAUUUCCCUCAGACCAGAGUGGAAUGUCGCUAUACGCUGAGCUGUGAACACAACUGGAGCUGUCGUGACUGGAUCGGUCUCUUCAAGGUCGGCUGGACGUCAGUGAGAGAUUAUCAUACUUACGUUUGGGCUCUUGCUCCUGAAGAUUACUCACCGGGGACAGACGUGAACUGCAGCAUCCUCUUCCACCCCUCUUAUCUGCCGAACCCUGGCGCUACAGCGUACCAGUUUGUGUAUGUCGAUGAGCUGGGUGAGAUUUGUGCCCUAAGUCCUCAGUUCACCUUCAGUGCUCCAAAACCUCUGGAUGACCUGGUGACUCUGGAGGAGGAGAGAAAUGGAGAGGAAGGAAACGAAGGAGACGACAUGCUGUUUGUAGUGCCGAAAGCUCAGAUACUGCAGAGCCAUCUAGAAGCCUGUCAGAAAGAACUGUCGCUGUUACAGAAGGAGCUUGGAGCGUCCAGCAUGGAACUGGAGAAACACAGAGAGAGAAACGAGAUGGAGAGGAAGGACUUCGAAGAGGAACGAGCAGAGAUGAGGAACGAGAUCAAAGACCUGAGAGAGCGACUGAGAUCCAGCGUGGAGACGAUCGAAAGAAUGGAGGAGAAACAAAAGGAUGUGUUAAAGUCUCGUGAAAACAUUUCAGUGGAGUUUAGCAGCUUGUUAACAGAAAGAGCUGAAAAUCACCAACGAAUCAAAGACCUGGAGGAGGACGUGAGCAGCUUAGUGCAACAGAAACAAGACACUGAGGCCGAGUUAGAGAGGAUGAAAGAGAGAGUUAAAAAGCUGACGAUGCAAAGGAAGGAGGAGGAGGACGAGAGGAGGAGUUUACAGAUGGAGGGUAAACGUUGUCGUGAGGAGCUGCGGGUUCUUCAGGAGCGUCUAGAGAACAGCGAGCGUGGUGCAGAGGUGUUACGGAGAGACCUGAGUGAACUCGGAGCGCUGCAGAGCCAGAACCAGACCGAGCUUCACCAGAUCCGACUGCAGGCGGCUCAAACCACGCUGCAGCUCUCACAGGCCAACCUGAACCUCCGAGAAGGACAAGCGGCGUGGGCUAAAGAACGAGAGAACCUGAGGAAGAAUACACAGCUGGAUAAGGAACGUGUCCAAAAACUGAGUCAUGAGCUGCAGAAGAAGGAAGAAUGGCUCCAGGAAGAACGAACAGAGAGAGAGAAACUGGAGCUGGAGCUCGGGAUCGAGAAAGCGUGCAACCGGGAGCUGCGAGCGAGUGUCAGAGCCCUGCAGAAGGAGCAAGAGCAGCAGCAGCUGGAGAAACAGGAGCUCGUGGAUCAUAUCCGAGUGUUCCGGCUGCGCUUGGAGAGGGAGCGGGAUGCUGUGUGGAAUAAAGCAGCGUCUGGCAGCAGGACUGUGGUGAACAGUGACGGUGCCUCUUCAGCUCUGCAGAAUUCGGACUGUAAAGAAGUGGAAGAAGGUGAAGGAGUGAAUCUGCAGAUGGAGGAGGAUGAGGACGAAACCACGCAGCAGGAAACACACAGCACACACACGGAUGGGGGAGAGAAUUUGGAGAGAGAACCACAGACUCCAUCUGAGAUCAAUGAGAACAUACUGAGUGAGAUUGCUGAUGCCCCCUUGUGGUGAAAUGUGGAAAUGAAGCACGAAAACACGCCCAACGGGAAACCUGAUGUCCAUGGUUAAUAUCAGCAACAACACAUCAUGUGCUUGAAAGGCGUGUAUCAUGUCAAAAACAGAAUUGUGCAAGUUUACUUUGUGAGUGUGUGUUUUAUAGUGUGAAAUUUUGUGUGUUAUUUAUUUUCUGAAUGUGUGUGAGAUUUCUACUUGCUGAAUAAAAGUUUCUGAAUUUAUUCUGACAUUAUAAAUCCAAUCAAACCCAAAUAUCACUAUAUCAGACUCCUGUAGCGCAGAAUAAUCUGCUAAUUAAUUAUCUUAGAGUCAGAUUAUAAUUAUUAGGCGUGUAAUGGCCAGCCGAUUUGGAUCGAUGCACUGAUUUAGAUGACUUCAAACCAGUAUUAUAUAUAUAUAUAUAUAUAUAUAUAAAUAUAUAUAUAUAUAUAUAUAUAUAUAUAUAUAUAUAUAUAUAUAUAUAUAUAUAUACACACAAUUCAUAUAUUUAAACUGAUAUGUAAAUUUGUCCGUAAAUAUUCCUUCUCUACAUCAUCGUAGCUGCGAUAUAUUGAAUCGUUGUCCUAUGAACUGGAAUCGUACGUAAUCAUGCGGAAGCCUGAGGUUUACACUCCUAAUAAUUACCGCAUGAACACACUAAUGAAGAGGUUUUUAAGUUAUUUUCUUUGUGAAUGAAGUUGUUAAUAAAAUGGUUUAUUUAUUGA